ACGUAACUAAUCGCGAGUCUAGCCAUGCCGCAGGCCAAUCUCAAGCUGAGCCCACAUGACCAGCAGGUAUUGGAGUCCAUAUUCAAUCCUCUGGAGCUGAGCGGCAUGGGCGCCCUCAACGUUGCCAUCCAAGCGGAAGCGGAGCUGGCGGACGAGGAGCCCGAAUCGCAGCAGUUGGAAGCCUCUCGAGAACUGGAGCUGCAGGCAGUGCGAUUGACAGAGCGCGGCGAGUUGGAGGAGGCUCUACUGCGAUUCGGCCAGGCUUUAAGCCUGAUGGAACGCGCCUCCGUCCUGAACAAUCGAGCACAGGCACUGCGAUUGGCCAAGCACGAUCAAGAAGCGCUUAAGGAUUUGGAUCGUGCUCUGGAACUGGCUACUGAUCGGCAGGCGCGCACCAAAUGCCACGCCCACUGUCAGCGUGGUGUGUUAUAUAGAAAAUUGGAGAACUUGGAUGCAGCACGUGCCGAUUUCGAGGCAGCUGCACAGCUUGGCAGCAAGUUUGCCCGGGAACAGCUGGUGGAAAUCAAUCCCUUUGCGGCGCUCUGCAAUCAAAUGCUGCGACAAGCGUUCGAUCAGCUAAAGUGAGGGCUUUGAUUUGACUAAAAGGUGGAGUGAAGGCUCGUUAAAAUAAA